GCUGCAAAUGCGGGUCGGUACUGCUGCUUUGAAGGAUUCGCUGUAUACGGAAAGGCUACAACAAACUACGACAACAGCAGCAGCUAGCUAGCUUGUUACGGGAGACUAUCCAAGCGCACACGUGGAUCAGGGGAAACCCAAAAGAAAAGGAAUGUUUAAAAACACAUUUCAGAGUGGAUUCCUAUCCAUUCUGUACAGUAUUGGAAGCAAGCCGCUCCAGAUAUGGGAUAAAAAGGUUAGAAAUGGCCAUAUUAAGCGGAUAACGGAUAACGACAUCCAGUCUCUGGUGUUGGAAGUGGAAGGCACUAAUGUCAGUACAACAUACAUCACAUGCCCGGCAGACCCGAAGAAGACUCUGGGAAUCAAACUUCCAUUCUUGGUUAUGAUCAUCAAGAAUUUAAAGAAGUAUUUCACCUUCGAGGUCCAGGUGCUGGACGAUAAGAAUGUGAGGCGGCGGUUCCGGGCGAGUAACUACCAGAGCACCACGCGUGUGAAGCCCUUCAUCUGCACCAUGCCCAUGCGGCUGGACGACGGCUGGAACCAGAUCCAGUUCAACCUGUCCGACUUCACGCGCCGCGCCUACGGCACCAACUACAUCGAGACACUUCGCGUGCAGAUCCAUGCCAAUUGUCGCAUCCGAAGAGUAUAUUUCUCAGACAGACUCUAUUCAGAAGAUGAACUCCCAGCGGAAUUCAAACUUUACUUACCCGUUCAGAACAAAGCAAAGUAGGUUGGAACGAACCCCUGCCAUCGUCCCAGAUGUUACGUCCGGUCCUCCCUCAGACCCUCCCUGCACACGCCAAGAGCUGAUGAAACCCUGAUUUUGUAUUUAUUUUGGAACUGUGUGAUUGCUUCCCUAAUAUGUCCUGUGCACAAUAAACGUUUUAUAGAA